AUGAAUCCCCCAUCUACACCUACCACCCCUCGGUCGAGCUCACGGCCGGAUCGGAGGUCAGUAGGCGCUCUGGCGGCGAUGCCGCAACGAGGGGAGAGCAGUAAUGCGUUGAUGUCGGAACUGAGGGGAUCGCCAUCCAGUCCCCGCCGAUACGGACCCCGCGCCUCCGCGGCCCCUAUCCCUUCCUCCCAAUCUUUGCUAUCACCCGCCUCGUCCAUCUCUGACCGGGAGAGGGAUCGACCGAGCUUCACACAGCCCCGAUCGAGCUAUGCGGUCCAGUCCCAGUCGUACCAGUCGGAUUUGACGGGGUAUGGUGGGUUGGAUGAUGGUGUAGAGGCGGAUGAUGAUUUGCAUAACCCGGAUCCCAAGCGGGGCAGUAAGCACGACCGCCUCGGCACAAUCUUCACCUCCCGCGGAGUAAUCAACAUCGGCUGUCUCGUCAUCGUCCUCUGUCUCCUCCUCGGCCUCUUUGCGGCCUACCCCAUCGCAUCCUACUACACCUCCAACAGCCUCGGGACGAAUGGCGCGUACAACCUGGGCGGGAUCAACUCGACGGGCCAGAUCCCGCAAAUCACCAAUUUCAGGCCGGUUAUUGAUGUGGAUACGCCGCAGAGCGCGAUGACGAGGACGGGGUAUGAUGGGCAGAAGUAUUAUUUGGCUUUCUCGGAUGAGUUCAACAAGGAUGGGAGGACUUUCUACCCCGGAGAUGACCCAUACUGGACUGCCAUGGACAUCCACUAUUGGCCAACUACCGACUUUGAAUGGUACGACCCCUCGGCGAUAACCACCAAAGACGGCUCCCUCGUCAUCACCAUGACCCAAGAAUCCAUCAACGACCUCAACUUCAAGUCGGGCAUGCUCCAAUCAUGGAACCAGAUGUGUUUCCAGUAUUCCGCGUAUAUCGAAGUCCGCGUCUCUCUGCCCGGAACGCCAGCGGUCGGAGGGUUCUGGCCCGGUGUGUGGAUGAUGGGCAACCUGGGCCGGCCGGGGUAUGGAGCGACGACGGAGGGAACGUGGCCGUACACGUACGACUCGUGUGAUUUGGGGACGUUGAAGAACCAGACGAACGCGGCGGGGACGGGUCCAGCGGGUGCGACGACUAGUAAUGGGAACGCGCUGUCCUACCUCCCGGGCCAGCGCCUCUCGGCCUGCACCUGUAAAGGCGAAGACCACCCCGGUCCUGAUCACACCUACGGCCGCGGCGCGCCCGAAAUCGACAUCAUCGAGGCGCAGACGGACCUUUCUCUGCCCCGAGGCCAGGUGUCCCAGUCGGCCCAGAUCGCGCCAUUCGAUGCGGAUUAUUACCCGUUCAACUCGACGGACGAUAUUAUUGUGUAUGAUACGUCUAUCGUCAAGCCGAAUAGCUACCUGGGGGGCGUGUACCAGCAGGCAGUGUCGAAUUUGGCAUAUGUCCAGACGGCGAAUUAUCAGUUGACUAGUAAAGGGUUUGCGAGCUAUGGCUUCGAGUACUAUGGGAACCCCAAAGACCGGUCCAACGGAUACAUCAACUGGCAGUCUGAAGGCAAGCAGUCCUGGACAAUGAAGGCGUCGGCUGUGCGAGCCAACCCGAUCUCGCAAGUUGGGCAGCGGUUGAUCAGUGAAGAGCCUAUGGCUAUGGUCAUCAACUUUGGCAUGUCGAACGGCUUCCAAACCGUCGAUUUCUCGCACCUCACCUUCCCCGCUCAGAUGCUCAUCGACUAUGUCCGGGUGUAUCAGCGCCCCGAGGGUCGGAUGGGGUGCGAUCCCGCCGAUCGACCGACGGCGGAUUAUAUUGCGCGACAUGCGGAUGCGUAUAGUAAUCCGAAUUUGACGACUUGGGCGGCUACGGGGAAUGCUUUCCCGAAGAACCGCCUGAUCGACGGGUGUUCUCAAUAA